GAACCAUAGAUAGCAAAAACCUUUUUCACAAGUUACACCAAAACUUAGAAAUCAUGGUAAAAUCACAUGUUCUAGUCAUAUCAUUUCCCGGACAAGGCCACGUAAUUCCUAUAAUGGAGCUAGCUCAACGCUUAGUCGAGCAAGGUGUCAAAGUUACAUUCGUAAGCACAGAGGUCAUUCACAAUACUGUAACAAGCACUUGGAUAAACAAAGACGGUUACAAGGAUCUAAUGAAAAUAGUUUCAAUCCCUGAUGGGUUAGACUCAUGGGAUGAUAGAAGUGACCUUUCGAAAUUGUUGAAAUCUAUAUCUCAAACUAUGCCUGGCAAGCUAGAGGAACUCAUAGAGUCUAUUGACAAAGAAGAUGAUAGUAAAGUCACAUGUAUUAUUGCUGAUCUCACCAUGCCAUGGGCGAUACGAGUCGCAAAGAAACUCGGGAUUACAUCAGCAACCUUUUGGCUUGCUUCGGUAGCUACAUUGGCUAGCAUAUUGUCCGUUCAAAAAUUACUUGAUGAUGGAAUCAUAAACGACAAGGGCAUACUUCUAAAGGAUGGGAUGAUUAGGCUGUCAGAAAAUAUGCAUCCUAUAAAAACUUCAAACAUCUGGUGGGUGUGCUUUGAUGAUUUAGCUCUCAUAGAAGCUACCUUUCAACUUGUAUUAGAAGCUAAAGAAGUUUCUAGUUGGCCAGAAUGGUUUUUAUGCAACUCAACUACUGAACUAGAGGCCGCAGCAUUGAGCGAGUACCCACAGCUGUCGCCCAUAGGCCCUUUACUAGCAAGCAAUCGACUUGCUGACCAAGUCGGUCACUUCUGGCAAGAAGACCCCACUUGCUUAGAAUGGCUGGAUCAACAAGAAACAUCUUCAGUCAUUUAUAUAGCAUUUGGGAGCUUCACUUUGUUCAACCAAACUCAAUUUGAAGAAUUAGCAAUUGGUCUUGAACUUAGCAACAAACCAUUCUUGUGGGUCGUGCGUCCAGGUAUGACCAAGGAGACUACAACUACUUUUCCAAAUGGAUAUAUGGAAAGAAUAGGCUCUCGAGGAAGAAUCGUGAGUUGGGCACCUCAACAGAAGGUCUUGUCUCAUCCUUCCGUGGCUUGUUUCAUGAGUCAUUGUGGUUGGAACUCUACUUUAGAGGGCUUGACAAACGGACUUCCUUUCUUAUGUUGGCCUUAUUUUGGCGAUCAAUUUCAAGACAAAUCUUACAUAUGCGAUAUCUGGAAGACCGGAUUAGGGUUUAACAAAAACGAAGAAGGUAUCAUCACUCAUGGAGAAAUAAAAAGUAAGAUUGAGGAGUUGUUCAACAAUGAAAUGUUUAGAGCCAAAGCCUUGGGUAUUAGAGAAAAAGUUGCAAGUAGCAUUACAAAAGGCGGAUCCUCAUACUCAAACUUUAGCAAGUUUAUUGAAUGGAUACUCGAGAAGGAUUCACAUGCGAAUAAUCAACAUAAUAAGUAGCUAGCUCGAUUUGACAAAUACUACUAUCACCAUCUAUAUAUCCUUAAAAGUCCAGUGUUUGACAUUGUUGUAAAUGAAUAAUUCUAUGUGAAAUAAAUUAUUGAAUACAUUAAAAGUUAAUGUAGGGCUUUGUCACUUUGUGUAAUAUGUGACUUAGCCCUGAUUGUCUAGAUUGGCUAGCGUUUGUUAGUUUAUAUAUGUGUUUGGUUGUUAAUCUUUUUUGCUAUUCAAUAAAAAAGACUUUUUAGUA